AUGCCCUCCAUCAAAGAAGAGCUGCAGCUCCCCGAGCGUCCGAAAGGCCUUCCUCACCCCGAAUACACCACUCCGCGUGGCGUGUCCCCCCUGCAGUCCGUCCCCGCCGCGGGCUUGCAAUACCCGAACUACACACCCUUCAAACUACCUAAUCUCGUCGAAAACCAUUUCACAGACCGGGGCCUGAACUCCGACCCAUCUAAAUCCCAGCUUCUGAACGCUGCUACCAUCAUCCAUCUGACCCCCGAAAUCGGCACCGAAAUUGUCGGCCUCCAGCUAACCGAUCUGACCGACGAGCAAAAAGAUGAUCUAGCGCGCCUGGUCGCCGAACGAGGUGUUGUCUUUUUCCGCGACCAGGAGAUGGACGCGCAUGAGCAGAUUGCAUUCGGCGCGUAUUAUGGCGAUCUGCACAUUCACCAGAUGGCGGGAAUUAUACCUGAUCUGCCCUGGGUGCAUCCGAUCCAUAAAGAUGAGACGGCUGUGAAUGGCCGCUCUCAUCAGAUUUGGCAUUCGGAUGUAAGUUAUGAGAUUCAGCCGCCUGGAUUGACACUAUUGAAGAUGGAUACCCUCCCGGAGGCAGGACCGGAUGGGACCCUGGCUGGGGGAGAUACCAUUUGGGCGAGUGGGUAUGCGUUGUACGAGUCGCUCUCGCCUAAACUGCGGGCAUUCUUGGAAACACUAGAGGCGAAACACAGCGGACUCGAACAAGCAGAGAAAGCGCUGCGCACGAGCGGUUGCCUACGCAGAGAUCCUAUCGAGACUAUCCACCCUGUCGUCCGUACUCACCCUGUGACAGGAUGGAAGACUCUCUACGUGAAUGAGAACUUUACCAAAGAGAUCGUGGGAUUGGAGAAGAGAAUCGGAGAUGGAAUAUUGGACUCUCUCUACCGCACUGUGGCCGAAGGAUAUGAGUUCCAGGUGCGGUGGAAGUGGUCUAAAAAUGCGGUCGCGAUCUGGGAUAAUCGGGUCACCUUCCACACUGGGAUAUUUGACUACUUCCCGCACCUCCGACAUGGACUCCGAGUUGCGCCACAGGCCGAAAGACCAUAUUUGGAUGCCGAGUCGAAGACAAGGAAAGAGGCUCUAUCGAAGGAUGUGUAA